UAUUAUUCGACCACUCGGCCAUUUUUGUAAGGCAUGUGGUAAAGCGCGUUGGCUAUUGCUGGUUCAGCGCUGAUCAACUUGUAGCAAAGCAAUUGAUUAACUCGACCAGGAACUGAGUAACAGUUUAAUAUGUCUUUCAACAAGGAUCCAGAGAAACCUGGCACUGAAGCAGCCCUGAUUCACCGAAUCCGCAUUACUUUGACUUCGCGAAAUGUUAGAAGUCUAGAAAAAGUUUGUGCCGAUUUAAUCAAUGGAGCAAAGAAACAGAAUCUUCGUGUGAAGGGACCUGUCCGAAUGCCGACAAAGAUCCUCCGCAUUACCACACGUAAAACUCCUUGUGGUGAAGGUUCAAAAACUUGGGAUCGCUUUCAGAUGCGAAUUCACAAGAGAGUUAUUGAUCUGCACAGUCCUUCUGAGAUUGUAAAGCAGAUUACGUCUAUCAGCAUUGAGCCUGGAGUGGAAGUGGAAGUGACAAUUGCAGAUGUAUAAAAUGUUUGAAAUGAAGGGAUGAAAAUGUCAUUAAAGAAGUUGGUAUUAUAGUUCUCUGCUUAUUUUUCACAAGUGAUUUUAAUUUCUCCAGGAUGAUUUGUGUGUUGGAAAUAAUCACUUGAGGCUGUUGAAACUCCUUUGUUUUAUGCAUCUGUGAAUGCAAGUGGAAUUAGAAGUUGGACAUGAUCCAGUUUUCUGCAUGUGAAUUGUAAAGAAUCUGGUAUCACCUCUAAAGCACGUGCAUUGUAACAAGUCUGUCCAGUCAUGCGAUAGUCAUUUCCAUCUUUUGAAACCUGAAUGUAUAGAUUUUGAUUAAAUCUCGCAUGAGAGGUCCUAACUGAAAUGUAAAUUUUAACACUUAACUCAAAGGACAAGAAAUUUAUCUUUGUAACA